UUAAGCAGACUUUUUUGAAAACUAUUAGAGCCUAAUUUGGCCAUUUUUGGUGUUUUCUUUUCUUUUAAUUUUGAUCUUUUGUUUAAAAAAGUGAUUCUAAAUAGAACAAGAUGAGCAUUGCUUCCACAAUUGAGCAGUACCGAAAGGGUUCGUCCUUCGGUGACUGGGCUGAAAGAUUAGAAUACAAUUUUAAAGCCAACAAGUAUACCGACGACUUGAUGAAAACUCACUUUAUGAAUUUAUGUGGUUCAUACUUAUACUCUGAACUGAAAACUAUUUACAAAAAAUCUGAUCUCGAUAAAGCAACCUAUACAGAAUUAGUUGAAAAACUCAAACAAAAACUGGAUAAGACUGAACCGGACCUGGUUCAGCGGUUCCGUUUCAGCAAGAGGAUUCAGCAUCCUGACGAAACCGCUGAAGAGUUUGUCCAGGCGGUCAAACUCCAGGCCGAGUUUUGCAAUUUUGGGGAGUUUCGCGAUAAUGCAAUUUUAGAUCGGGUUUUAGUGGGUUUAACUGACGAUGACUUAAAAGAGCAACUUUUGAAAGAGGAGAAAUUGACGAUUGCUAAAAUGGACAAAUAUAUUACUACAUGGAAUAUAGCUAAAUCAAAUGUACACGCAAUCAACGCACGAACACACACACCACCAGGGAACAUCAAUCAAAUUAGAAGGCCAGUUCGGGAGCGACUUGGCUUUAACCCAUACAAUAAUAGACAGAACUCGCAAUAUCGAAAUAAUUACAAUAGAACAAAUUACUACAAUAGACAGGAACAUUUUAACAAUCAGCAACGUGCACACAUUUCACCACGAGCUCACAAUUCUCAGCGUACUGUUCGAUUUCAACACAGCAACAGAAAUUUUAAUCGAAAUGCUAAUUACAACAACAAUAACAAUGGUUACAAUGGGGGAAACAAUAACUUCAGAUACAGGACGGACUAUUCCCGCAUGACGUGUGAUCACUGUGGUCAGUUGGGUCACAUCAAGCGGAAGUGCUUCAGGCUGAGGAACCAGAGAAGGGAAGCGGUAAACUUUGUUACUGAGGACAGAGCGGGACCUUCAGGUAGACAGUCAGCUGGACCUUCAGGUGGAUCGUCUGCUGAGACUGGUGCGGAGAGACAGCUGUCUAACAUGAUGGGGCGGCUGAGCACUGGUGGGAAUGUUGAUCUCGACACAUCUGAUACUGACUGUGAGGAGUGGAAUGCAGGUGUUGGCUGGAAGCGGGGAAAUCCUCGCUCAUAGAGAUCAGCUGCGACCAUACCGGGCUCGUGAGGAAGCGAGGACAAAUAUCCUAAUUCCGACGGCAUCCGGUGCAAACAUGAACCUGGAGCAACCAGCGACGCUGAGAGCGUCCGGAAGCGCAGACGAGGAUGGAGAUUUCCGUGGAUACUCGAACGCCGAGCUGGCUAGGGCCAGAAAAAGAAAAGUCGAUGCGGCUCAAUUGCCGGAAGUGUGCUUGAGACGGUCAAAACGUUUGCGUAAACCUAAACAGGAUUUCGAAUUUAAAUAUGUUUAAUUUUGUUAUUUUUUUAUGUCGUUGAAUUGCGAUUUCGGAUUUAUAAAGAGAAAUGUAUUUUGAUCAGAAUUAAAAUGAAUUGAUUUUGUUAGCAUUAGAAGUGAAUUCUUUUACUUUGGAAACAGUGAAUUGUAAAAUAUUUUUAGUUUAAUCUUAGACUAUAGAAACAACUUCCGAAAGGGGAAGGAGUUGUUGCAUACGGGCCUUGGGCCAAACAACUGUACUAAAAAUGUAACACUAAUACACUCACAAAGAAAAUGAAUAAAACGACAUCGCGACGGUUGUCGCGCUCUCUUUCGCUGUUCACCAGUGCAACAUACAAGACGUGCGUUAUUCUUUCAUCUCGACUUGCAUCCGA